AUGGGUGCCAAUUACACGGAUCUCCAGCCGAGCGCCCAGGUGCCUCCGCAGAUGCUGUCAAGAAGCCGACAGCACAGAAAGGCCUACUCGAAGCGCAAUAGGGCAGAGGUGCUCUCGCUGAUGCGGCGUCGGUCGUGGACGUUUCCGCUGUCGCUCACGAUUGCCGUGCUGGCCCUCUACGUCGUCAACCCGACCGACACCAACCCGACGUCUCACCUUAUAUUCCCGUCCUACAAGCUCAGCUCCCGCACCGCGGGGGGGCUGGCGCAGUAUGGCAAGGGGCCGUGGGACGUUGCCUUUGUGGCCUUCUACACCGUCUUCCUGACCUUCACGCGCGACGUGUGCAUGCAGGAGCUGCUGUCGCCGCUGGCCCGCGCAUGGGGCAUCAAGUCGCGCGCCAAGCGCGCGCGCUUCGCCGAGAACACGUACACGGCGCUGUACGUGGCCGUGGUCGGGCCCUGGGGCGUGCACGUCAUGAGCCGCACGCCCGUCUGGUACUUUGACACCAGGGGCAUGUACGAGGGCUUCCCCCACGCCGCACACGACGCCAGCUUCAAGUGCUACUACCUCCUCCAGGCAGCCUUUUGGGCCCAGCAGGUCGUCGUCAUGGUUCUCGGGCUCGAGAAGCGCCGCAAGGACUUCCGCGAGUUCGUCGCCCACCACGUCGUCACCGUCGCCCUCGUCGCCCUCAGCUACCGCUUCCACUUUGCCUACAUGGGCAUCGCAGUCUACAUCACCCACGACGUCUCGGACCUGUUCCUCGCCCUGUCCAAGUCCCUCAACUACCUCAACCACCCCCUUCAGGGCGCCUCCUUCGCCCUCUGCAUCGCUGUCUGGGUCUACCUCCGCCACUACGUCAACCUGCGUAUCCUGUACUCCGCACUCCCCGGGUCGGAAUUCAGCACUGUGGGGCCCUACGUCCUCAACUGGGAGGCUGAGCAGUACAAGUGCCCCCUGUCAAACUUCAUCGCCUUCGGUCUACUGGCGGCCCUGCAGGCUCUUAACCUGUUUUGGCUGUAUUGCUUGAUGCGCGCCGCCUACAAGUUUGUCUUCCUGGGCGUCGCCAAGGACGACAGGUCUGAUGAUGAGGAGGCUGAGGAGAAGACCGUCGUGGCUUCCAAUGGAUCGGCCGGAUGUGCAACAGGCAGCGGAACUGCGACCGUGCAGGGCAGGAAGAGUAGGAAGGCUGAGAAGGCGGCGGCAUAG